AUGCUACUUAAGCAAAACGUCAUUGUGCCAGAAAAGUUCGAAUAUCGAGAAAAAACUGGCCAUGAUGGAGCUGGUACAAUGUCUAUUUACAAAUCCGCUAAUUCACCUAUGGAAACGGCAAACAUCUUCAGCAAAAUGUUUGCACCGCUUAGUUUAAAAGCCUCUACAGGUGAAGUUUUAUGGGUAAAUCAAACUCCUAACAGCUCACAUUGGUGUCGUCCAGUGGCACUUAUAGCUGAAAAAGAGUCUAAAGAAUUACUAUCUGCUGUGAAUGGUGUAUUUGAACCAGGUGAAAAGCGCUUACAGGAAAAAGGCAUCACUUUUAACUAUAACAACAAAAAAUACGAAGUUAAAGUUUGUAUUGAAAGCAGUAUGAAAGAUUUAAAGAUCCGUACAGUGGAGUCCGAUUUGGAUGGUGCAGAUUGCCUUCUUUACAUCACUCGAUCAGCUGAAUGGAAAGACCAAAAUAAAAUACAAGAUGUAAAUUAUUUUGCUAUUAAUCGUACUGCAGAAAAAACUUUAGUUCUCUAUAAAGAGAUGGUUAAAGUCGAUGGCCAAAUUACAAAGAGUAAAAAUGAUUAUGCUACCAAACAUGGUCUCACAAGCGAACCAGUGUCUACUCUUGACAAUCAUUUUAUCACAAUUACUCAUCAAUAUAUAAAUGGGGUAUCUUGGCUCCUUAAAUUAAUGUACCACCUUCGAGCCAAUGUUCUAAAUUGGUCCGAACGAGAAGAUAUUAAAGAACAGAUUAAAAAAGCACGAAGUUUAGUUCUUAGCGAAAUAGAAACAAAAACGAGCCUUCGAUUGAACCAGGCUUUAACACAUUUGAUGCGUUGUGUUGGUUCAAAUGAAGAAAAAGGAAUUGAUUUAGCAAUCAUUUGCGUUAGAAAAGCACAUAGUCAACAAUUGACACAAAAAUUACUUGAUUUUUUUACUUGGAGAAAAAGAUCAGAUUCCAAAAUGGCACCAAAAACGGCUAUUAUUAUUGCACAACAAGAUCAAGAAGCUGGAAAUUAUCGAAGUGUUCGUGAUGUUCUAUUUACAAUGCAUCAAGAACUGAAAAGUCAACAGAUCAUCAUACCGUUUGAAAUGUCGAAUAGUCUAAUGUUGUUACACAGUUAUAUUCUUGUUAAAAUUCAAAUUAAACUGAAUAAUCAUGAAAGAGCAGCAAGAUUAUUAAAUCGUGUUGCUCACAAUGUUAGCAAAUUUUCAGUGCAUAUUAUUCAAAUUCUAACAACAACAGUUGUUGAAUGUCACAAAGUCGUGACUGGUGCACAUAUUAUUUGUGAUGAUCUCUGCUCUUGUCCAAUUUGUGAUUUUACAGCAAUAUAUUCAGAACUUUUAAAAUAUUUACCGAUGAAUGACACUUUUCCAAUGUGUUCAAAUAAAAUAAAUCCAUCUAAUAUUAUCAAAAUUGAUAAUAACAAUUUUUAA